AAAAUCGGCAUGGACUUUCCAGACAGCCCGAUACAACGAAAAACGCCGAAGAUUUGCAUUAGCGGGCGUCGCGUCGAUACGCGUGCGUCACCGGUUUGAAGUGCAGCCGGUCGAGAUGUAUCUUCGCAGCAACCUCUCGAGUCAACGGUCGCUCGAGCCGAAGCAACAAUAAACAGUAUCGAGGGCAGUACUUUGCAUACACUCGCGGUAAAAUCUUCGCAAAUAAUCGGGCUUCUCGGGGUUCCGCGUUUAAAAAAUUCCCGAGACGGUUCCAGCCCGCGAAACGCGUCUACCGUCUCAGCCGCGCGUGACCCGUGGACGACACCGGCAAAGUAGAGGGACGAGGAAGAAGACGAAAGCUCGACGGGAGUGGAGCAACCAAGAGAGAAAGGAGAGAGAAUAGCGACACGGCGAGGGAGCUGGGAGAGGGAGAGGGUAGGCGUCUUGGAAAGCAGCGGGUUGCCAGCGAAAGUAACAAAUAAAAAAGAAAAAAAAAGAGAGAAGAGGGGUUAGUCGUGGAAGUGCGCGUGUCCGUGGGCGACGCGUGGCUCGCUACGUCGGUUUUCUGCUCGCAGCCAACCGCGUGGAGGGUGGUUCCUAUCGCCCAUCCCCCGGCCGCGGGGGUAACGCGGGCCUGACGGCGCCGUAGUCGCGACGCGAACGCGAUCAAGUGCACGUUCACCCCGUCAGCCGUGUCGCGGAGGUUGGGCGCCGUGGCGGCGACCGCGCUGGAGAAAAUGAACGAUAGCCAGGUGCGUCCACCUCUGAGUAAGUAUUGUUCGCGGAAGAAGGGAUCCUCGGAGACGGUGGGCGUCGUGGCGCGCUACGUCCCCGAUUCACGAGGCUCCGCCGUCUCCAGCGGGUGGAGGACGACACGAUCGAUCGCCGGCAGCGGUGCACGAGAGAUGCUCUCGUGGAAAAACACCCGACUUUCCGCGAACGUCGUUAUCCAGUCGACGAGGAUAGCUCUCAGGGAAUCCAUCCUUCGCGUCCCGACGGAUCAUCUCCGUUUGCCGCUGUCGAUGGCGUGCGGUGAACGCCCAUGGGCGUUCUGAGAGAGGAACGCGAACCGCGAGAACACCGCACCGGGGUGUCGAUAGCUGGAGGAGGGUUCGGGGACUCGAAACCGGCGAAUGUUUGAUCGAAGUUGGACGGAAGGACUUUCGUGUCCGUAGUGAUUGAUUUCCACAGCGUGGCGUGAUCGUUCUCGGGGACGAAUGAUGAUACACGUGUCAUCGGAGAACGCUCAACGAUACGAUCGUGUAAAGCGUAAGGGCGUAGCGUUUCUCUCGAGCUUUUUUAAGUCGAAAAAGUUGACACUAGGAAUGAAGAUCAACGAGGAGGAGGAGAUGGAACGGGCUCCGAAAGUCGAGACACCCGCGAUCAUCACGAACACUUGCAGGCGCAGCGGUAGCGAAAAUGACAAUCAGGUAUCGAGAAUUCCGUCGACCUUGAGCGUGGCAGCCGUCGAUGUCGUCGUCGCCUGUCAGCCGUCGCCGUCGCAUUCCGUUUUAACCUUGACACCUGGUAGAACACGAAACAUCGAUCAGGAUAUGGAGGCACUUAGACUGAGUCGACAGGAUAAUCCUUUCCUGCAGGUGCUGGCCAGUCGAGAGAGCCUCGUGGAGUCCAUAGAAGAGUUCGAGUCGGACGACGCCAUUCUCAUGUCUCAGGAGUUUGGCGACGCUGAUCCUUUGACGUUGGCACAAGUGCACGAGCACCUCGUACGCAGCCCGCCGCCAGCCUCGUGGCCCCACACCACAACCUUUCAUUUUCCUCAUCAGAAUCAGAAUUCGAACGGCAAGAGCGAGACGUCCACGCACUGCAAAAGCCCGUCGAAGUCGUCGUCGUUUAGGGGCAACGAUCGCGAGCUUUCUAGAAGCGAGCCAUCCACGGAUAUCAGAGGAAAUGUCGCAAGAAUUAUGGGAUUCGAGCUCGUUCGGCAGGUCAUUCUGAACCGAAAAUGUCGGAUACGGUACGAAUGUAUUUCUAUACGAUAUCGAGAUAAGCUUCGUUUAGUAUGACGCGCAACGGAGAACGAGAAGUGAAAGCUGAAUCAAUUGGCUGCUCAAGGUCACCGAGCGUAUUCCCCCACCGAUCCACCCAGGUGCGCUAUACCUGUGCCUUUGAGUCACGUUUGGGACUCUUGAAGAUAUAAACAUUUUCGUUUGUAUAUUUCAUUUUCGUUUCUUUUUGUAUCAAAAGGUACAAAAUAAUGACAAUGUCGGUUCAAAGUGCCCUGUCGAGCACACUGAAAAAAAUUAAUCGAUUGCCUCGAGGAACACCCUGUACAUUUGCGCCAAAGUUUCUUCGAACGACGGAAGUGUUAAAAAUGAAAUUGAACUAGCUGGCACAUGUUUGGACACGCCACGAGGUAAGAAGUUCGUGAAACGAGAUUAUCGCUGAUAACUUGAAACGUGACUCUAACGCUCGCGUUAUUUGUUAGCGAUAACUUCAAAUCAUUCAGUCAUUCAAACUUCCCUGAACUCGAAAUUUGUAAUGUUAAAACGGAUCGAGUUUAUGUCUGUAUCACGUGCCACGCGAUUACCGCGACAUUUGUCCCAAUGAUUUAUUAUCGUAGUUGAAUACGCGCGUAAAGAGAUCUAAUCGAUGCAGGCUUCCGUCGCAUUGCGCGAUUUUUUAUGUAGAGCUUUAGUGACUCCCGUGCACGCAUGUUUAAAAUCUCAUUCUUAUGCAGGGCAAUAACCUCCGACUCCUUUAAUGCGUCGUUUUAACAUUCUCUAUUAAAGUACGUUCUUGCAUUUAAUAUUCUAAAUUAAUGCCAAGUAUAAUAUUUAAUACUCUACGUGAAUGUUAAUUUUAAUAUCUGAUAUUCGCGAUGGAGGUUCUUUUUAAAUUAAAUUACACAGCUGUACACAUGCAGUCUGCAAACUAGUGCGUACGCUUGCACAGGUGCAACCCGCAGUGCAUCAUAGAGCUUCUAACUUUCUAUAGUUGCUUCGAGCAAU